AUGGAGAAAGAUAAGAGGAGUGAGAAGGAAUAUGUAGAAAUCAAAAAGGAUAUGAGCGAUGUAGUCAAUAACAUCCAAGAUUUUGACGCAAAAUUCAGUUAUUUUAACUUAGAGGAUAUUGUAACUAAAUCUAAGUUUUCUUCCCAACUGAGAGGAUUCCCUCCAAAAGAAGCAAUAGAUACAGGAGUGUAUAUGUCCUUUGAGAGCAUCAUUAGUAACCAAAUAAGUGAAAUUUACGGCCCUAGAGUUGUUUUACCUCUUUUUGAUGAAGCUUCAGAAGGUGCAGAUUCUGAUGAAGAAGUUCAACAUUAUAACAGCAAACUACCUUCUGUAGAGACAGUCUGAAAUAGCAUCUACUUUGACGAUCAAUUUCGAGAGAUAGAAUUCACUGAUGCAGAGUUCCCUGAAAUGCUGAAAAGUGCUGAAAAAUUUGAGUUCAAAUUAAUGAUUUCUAAUCUUGAUUCUUUGACAACUGCCGAAAGUAUAUAUGACAGAAUUUAUGAGUACAUUGUCAAAAUUCGAGAAAAUUAUGGAAUAGAGAGUACUCCCAAAUUUCAUGAGUGGAUUAAAUAUGUUGCUGCUAUUAAGAACUGUGAUGACACAUACAAGGCUAUAGUUACCUUCGAGAAGCCAGAGAUGGUACUGGAUAUCUGAAAAUUCUUUCAUCUCCGUAGGAAAAUUGUUAUGCUUAAAAAUCAGGAACAAAACAGAGAGGAAGAAGCAAUGAUUGAGAUACGAUUCAAUCCAUGCAUUGAUCUCUCACUAUUUGAAGAAGGAGAUGUACCUUGGAUAGCAAUGGUGAUGAGAAACUUACCCAAUGACUAUAACUCUCAAAGACUUUUGCAAUGAUUUAAGGAAGUCCAACCAAAUAAAAAUCUUAGUCAAAACAUUUUUGCUGAGGAUUGACAGAAGAUGAAAAUAGAGGAUAUCAGUGAAGUAGUGUUGGUCAAAUAACGCUUAUUGCGCUAUUAUCAAAUUUCCCAGUAUAGAUUCUGUCUUAGAAGGAAUAAGGUUAUCAAAUAACUCGAACUUAAUGAAUAGUUCCAAAUCCACUCAAUUCUAUAUUCGAGCUAAUCUACACCCAAAUUCGAAUUAUAAGGAGCUAAAAUUAAAGGAUAUUGUGUUAAGUCCUGGUGAGGUUAGGGACAAUACACAUUAUACGGAUCGUACACAAAGAAAAAGCACUGAUUUAGCAAAAAGUGUUAAUCCAUUUGGGCCCCUAAGAAGCGUAACUCCAUUUGAACCUCCAAGAGGUAUUCCACCAAAACAGGAAGAGCAAAAAUAUUCAAGCAAAACUCCUGGCAGAAUGCCAUCUAACAAAAGUAAAAAUAUUUCAAGCUAUCCACCACAUAAAGAUAGGAAUCUAACCCCAUCUAAUUACCGAAGACAAACAGAGGGUAGAAAGGGACGCAAAGGAAACAAGAGAUCAAGACAAUACUCAGGAGACGCUACUCCUAUAAAACACAGAAAGAAGUAUUUUAAACGUGAGGACCGUUAAUUCUUAGCCUCUCUAACACUUUCUCAAACAAUAUUAUUCCUU